AUGAACUCAUGCCUCAAAGAUGAGUACAAGCAGCAGAUGACAGGGUGCUGUAGUCAAAUACCCUGUUACAAGGUGUUCUGCAGGGAUGGGCUCGAGGAUGAAGCUGCCGAGACACUGUCUGAGCUAUUUUCGAGAUAUGGAGACGUGUUUCUGUGCAGGAAUAUACGCAGGACUAUUGAGCAAACUUCUUCCAUAAGUGUUGAUGCUAGUGGGAGCGUGAUCCUGGACUUCUUCUUUCGUUUAGGCACGAUGGGGCCCAGAAGAGGCACGUCUGUGGAGGAAAGCAGAUUCGGCCCGGACAGUGGCCCGGAACUCUAUGUCAAGGACAGAGAGAGCAGAGGCGUCCUGAGAAUGGAAAAUGGAAUGCAGUCUGUCGAGUGGGCCAAGAGGAUGUUCAGAAAGAAAGGCACCCCGCUUUCCAAGGGCCAUAGGUCCGACGAUAGGUUUGGAUGUCUGAAGAUCAAUGAGAUGAGGGGCGAGUUUGAUGCCACUACCAGACUUGAUCACUCCAUUUGCGGCCUGAUCUCCGGAAAGGAGGAAAUCACGGUGGAAGACAGGUAUAUUCUUAUUGGGGUGCUGCAGCUACUGCUUAAGAAGUACGAAGGCUCACUGCAUUUUACUCUUGGGAUGAUUAUUCUCAGGAUUUACUGCACAAUAAGCAAAUAUGGUGAUGUUGAUGAGACAUAUUACCCGACCCUGUAUAAGACGUUCGACAGCAUUCGCAGCCUAUAUAGCGAAAUGCUCAAAAAGACCACGCUCAGCGAAGGCAUCACGUGCAGGGGAGAAAGGAUAGAUUCCAGGGGAGAUAUGCCGAUCUGCAUAUACUUACCUAAGUUUACAAAGGUUGAUCUUUCAAUGCUUGUAGACAACAUAACCUGUAUUCUUAAUUCCUCGGAGGUGGUUGAUAGCAGAGAGAGCAAGAGGAUCGACAAUUUGCUGAGUAUACUGCACCUGCUAUACCUUGUGAAUGAAGAGUGUGGACUACUCAGCUACAAGAAGUUCUAUCUGGUCUCUUUUUGCUCCCGAAUGAAUUUCCGUGAGGAGUUCAAGCACUUCAGGGCGAAGUCAAAAACACCUCUCAACUUUCAGUUUAUUCUCCCUGUGCACAUUAAGGCAGAACUGAUCAAGUACGAGAACAACGACAGGAUGAAGACCUCUCUGCAGGAUUCGUUCUUCAAGUCGCUGUUUGAAGGACACGUGGAUCCGUAUCUGUUUAUCACGGUCAGCAGGGAAACUGUGUACAGAGAUAGCAUUGAGAUAUUCAAAAAGAUAAAUGUUUUGGAUGCCAGGAAGCAGCUUAGAAUCACGUUUAGGAACGAGGAGGGCGUAGACUCUGGAGGGAUAAGAAAAGAGUACUUCCAGCUCCUGAGCCAAGAGAUAAAGGAGGACGAAAGGCUGUUUGAGCACACGGAGAACAGGAUCUGGAUCAGGCCCCACGAAGGAGACGGGGAGGGAUAUGAGGCCAUUGGCCGGAUAAUCGCCAUAGCGCUUUACAACAAUGUUGUCCUUAACAUUCCGUUCCCAAGCCUGUUUUUCAAGAAGCUUCUUGACAGAAGGCCAACUCUUGACGAUCUCAGGGAGAUAUCCUCUGGGAUAGCUACAUCUCUGAGAAACCUGCGAAGGCUCUCAAGGGAUGAGGUCGAUAGCCUGGACCUCAGGUUUGUUGUUGAGCACAGCGUUGAUGGAAUUCCGAGGUCGUACCCCCUUGUAAAAAAUGGAGAGGACAUAAAGCUGACGUCUGAAAACAUGAGGCUGUUUAUUGAGAAGUAUGUUGAGUUUCACACAGACGCCCUUAUAAAGCCCCAGUUCGAAUCCAUCAAAAGAGGGUUCUACUCGAUAAUUGACAAGGAUAAGCUGGCGUACCUGGAUCCAAAGGAGCUGGAAAAGAUAAUGAUGGGGUCGAAUACAUUUGAUAUCAAGGCAAUAAGAUCCACGACCACAUACUCAGGAUUCAGGGAGGACUCUCCCAUCAUUGUCUACUUCUGGGAGAUAUUUGAAGCAUUCAACAGGAAGAAGAGGAAGAAGCUCCUUCAGUUCAUCACAGGGAACGAUAGAAUACCUGUUUCCGGGCCUGCAUCAUUGAAGCUUGUCAUAAUGCGAAACGGAUGCGAUACAGACAGACUACCCUCCUCACAGACCUGUUUCAACACCCUGCUGCUCCCAGAAUACUCGUCCAAAGACAAGUUGGAGGGAAAGCUCGAAACUGCCUUGGAGCUGACUGCAGGAUUCUUUCUGCUUUGA